GUUCUGGUAGCAGUAGGGGUACUGUGUACUGGUGGCUUUCUGCUGCUCCUUCUCUACUGGCUGCCUAAAUGGCGUGUGAAGGCGACGUGCACUAGAAGGACAUUGAAAGAUUGUGAUGUUGUGCUACUGAGAACCACUGAUGAAUUCAAGCAAUGGUUUUGUGCAAAAGUACGAAUACGUUUUUGUCCUGGAACUGACCCUUUCCAGAGUCCAGAAUCCAUGACAAACAAAGUGACCAAUGGACAUGCUAGCCACCUUCCUGAGAGUCCCUCUGAACACAUUGAAGAUCAUCCAAUGAACAAUGCAGCAGUCCCAUUACAUGAGGUUCGUUCUUUUGUUCAUCACAGUGUGACUUAUUUCUGGAAUGAUUUACACCAAGCAUUCAGCUCCUUAGGGGGUCUGGACGAAGGGGUUUCUUGUUCUACCAUGCACAGUGAGCACAGCCAAGGAUUAAGUACAGAAAUACAUGAUUAC